UGAGUUGUGGUGGAUCAGGGUAGGCUGGAUUAUUUCUGACUCACGCUCUCCAACGCUCAACAGCAGAAGCUCUGCAGAAGCCAAAGCCGGACUUGGAGAGGAGUCUCUCCAAACCCCUGGGUGAACCUAGUUAUUUGUUUAAAAAGUCUUUACAAAGACAUUUCCGACUUCUGCUCCCCCGGACAAGGGAUUAAAGAAGAUGGAAUCCUGUGAAGAUAUCGACAAUGUGCAUCGGGAUGGCAAAGUACUGAGCAGCAUUUUGUUGUUCAGCACCGGACUGCUCGGUAACGUUAUCGCCCUGGCCAUUCUGGGCAAACACAAGUGGGACAGCAGGCAAGGGGUAUCCGUCUUUUAUAUCCUUGUCACCGGUCUGGUGCUGACCGACCUGUUCGGAAAAUGCCUCAUUAGCCCGGUGGUGUUCGCUUCUUACGCUUCAAACCUCACCUUGAAAGCUCUGGCGGGUAACAACACCCUGUGUGAUUACUUCUCCUUUUCCAUGUCCUUCUUCGGCUUAGCCUCAAUGUUUAUCCUGUUCGCCAUGGCCCUGGAAUGCUGGCUGUCUAUAAGCCACCCGUUCUUUUAUCAGGAACAUUUCACCAAGCGCCGGGCGGUCCUCAUUUUGCCUCUGGUUUACAUUUGCUGCCUUUUGCUUUGCUCAAUGCCUUUGGUGGGUUUUGGGAGAACUAAACAGUACUGCCCGGGGACUUGGUGCUUCUUUAACAUGAAUGAAGUGGACUCGCUGCCUUUUUCGGUGGUCUACGCGACCCUCAUGGCUAUCCUCAUUGUCGCCGUGAUACUGUGUAACAGCUCUGUGGCUAUUAACUUGACCAAAAUGUACCGGAGGCAAAGGCGAAUGAGUAAUACCAACCUGAGCGUGUGCAAUCGCUCCCGUGAGCAGUUCGCCCACUCUGAGGAGAUGGAGAAUCUCAUCCUCUUGGUUCUAAUGAGUAUCAUCUUCCUUAUUUGUUCCCUGCCUCUCACGUUUACUCAUAAACUAAAACACCGUGAAGGCGAACAAAAAAAACAUAGCGAGCCGGUGUGUGGAAAUAGGCGCAGCUCUCCGCCGGCUGCACACCAGUCGCAGCAUGUUAUUAUAAAUUCAUCCUCGGGAGACAAUUUCAAAUGUUGUAAACCUCGGAAAUAA